AUGGACCUGCGGGAGGCCCAGGGCUCCGUCACCCUGGCCGCCUGCCCCCUGCCCGGGGCAGCCAGCCCCCGCUGGCAUCACCGCGCGCCAUCGCCAACGCCACGUGCCUACAUGGCAGCCAACCCCCGCUGGCAUCACCAUGCGCUGUCACCACCUCCUGCAUCCUCAUCGCAUGCCUACCGGAGGCCCAGGGGUCCGGGGCUCGGUCACCCCCACAGCCCGGGCUCCCGGGACAGCCAGCCUCUGCUGGCAUCACCUGAUGCCAUCACCACCGCCUGCACUCACACCAGGUGCUUGCAGGAGACCCAGGGCUCUGUCACCUCCCUCCCAUCCCCGGCCUCCCAGGGCAACCGGCCCCCACUGGCAUCGCCACACGCCAUCCCCACCACCCGACCUGGCACCGGGUGCCUGCAGGAGGCUCAGGGGCACAGGGCUCAGUCGUUCCUCCUCUCCCCCACCCUCGGCCGGCACCCCUGGGACCCCUUUGGGCCAGGACCCGGGCUCGCGCUGGCCGUCCCUCCGUCCAUCCGGCCGGACCCUGGCCCUCCCCCUUCGUCUUUCCACCCACCCUCCUCGCCACGCCAGGCCCGGGCCUGGGCCCAACAGCCCCGGGCCGGGCCCCCCAGUCCGGAACCGAGACCCCCCUCCACACCGCCCGUGGCCCUUGAGAGCGGCCUGAGGGCAAGAAGGGUACAGGGGGCGGCCAAGGAGGUGCGAGGGUCCCCCCCGGUUGGCCGGCCGUCUGAUGUGUCCGUGUGUGUCCGUGUGUGUAGGUGUGUUUCGGGGGUCCCGGCCCCGCCCGUGGCCUCGGCGGGAAUGGGUAACGUGCAGUCGGAGCCCCGCGCCGCCUCGGAGUCCGGCUCUGCCCCCCGAGGGGGGCGGAAGGACCCCCCGGCCGCCCCUGCCCCGCCACCGGCCCCGUUAGCCGAACCCCCGCCACCCCCUGGGUCCCCCGGUCCCCGGCGCCCCCCGGCUCCUCUGGCCCUCCGCCUGGCCCGGGGCAGCUUCUGGACCCCGGGCCCGUCCCGCCCGGGCGGCCUGCUGGUCCCCGACCGGCCCGGGGGCCGCCUGCCCGCCCCCUCCGCCCUCCCGCCAGCCGCCUUCGACCUGGCGUCGCCUUCCGUCGAGGCCCCGGCCACGUGGAAGACCCCUCCAGCCGCGGGGACCGCCCCCCAGGAGGGGCAGCAGGGCCAGGGAGACCUGCCCGGCCCGGGAGACCCCCUCCCCCUGCUGCCGGUGCCCCCCAACGAUCCCCCUCAGGGCUCCCCGGGCCCGGAGGGCGCCGCCCAGACCAAGGUGUACCCCCGGGGCCCGAUCCCGUGCCCGCCGGAGCCCAAGAAGCCCCCGCCAGAGAAGGAGGCGGCCCGCAAGAGCUGGGCGGCCCCGGGGGUCCCGGCCCUGCAGGACGUGGACCCCGACGGUGCUCAGCUCCUGCCCCUCCCGCUGUCACUGCAAGCACCAGCCCCGCCGCCAACUGCCCCGCAACGUCACGGCCUGGCCUCCCUUCCCUCCCCGGGCCCGGCCCGGCCUAGGCUCAGCACGCCCACCAACCACCUGAGCGAGCCGCCCUGGGUGUCCACCGUGAAGCUGGCCGGUUCCUUGGUGGCCGGCCUCGACUGCUACGACCUGCAGGCGGGCGACAGCGACUGAGCCCCCUCCUCUCCCCGGCUCAAUAAAGGAUGGGGAACCUCUUG